AGUUUUACGAUAUUACGCAUGUUGAAUACACCAAGGCUGGCUGACUGGAAUGUGGACGGCCCAGUCUGGAAACAAUUGUCAGGACUACAAGCACGAGUCUGUGAAGUACUGACGACAACAUGGAGGAAGUCAUGAGCAGGCUGCAGACAUUGAGUCCAGAUCAACUACGGCAGGAGAUUAUCAGGGCAGGGCUGAAGUGUGGCCCCCUUACCACUACUACAAGAGCCAUCUUUGAGAGGAAGCUGGCCAGAGCCCUCCUGGAGAAGCAAGUAGGGGAUGGCGGGGUGACUGAUAGAGGUAGCUCCUCCAAUACAGAGUCUAAUGGACCCACAACAAACAGAGUAGAAACUGACCACAAUCUGGAACUCAAAUCAUCAGCAGAGGAGGGCAAAGAGACAGAGGAAUUGGAUGAACCAGAAUCUCCUCUUGUUUACUAUGGUGUAUGUCCUCAUUGGGAGGAGUCUGUAGUAGCUGAUGAAAAAGUCCAUGUAUAUGUGGACCGGAAGAAAGCUCUGAGAGCAAUGAUGACAAUGAAAGGGUCCAGAUUUAAGCCCUUCUCAACACGAGAGGAAGCUGAGAAAUUCUCAAAAGGCAUCAACGACAAUAGCCCUUCGGCCAGCACAUCCGCACCAGAUGGGCCCCAGAGGGUGCUGGAACCUGUAGUCCAUACAGGCAGCCCUAUCGCAGGGGGAACUUCACCUGUGAACCUGGAGAGGGCCAAUGAGUUCCGUAGCCCCCGCACCCAGGACCUGACAGCAAAGCUGAGGAAGGCUGUGGAGAAGGGGGACAAGGAAGCCUUCAGCAGGCUGGUCUGGUCCAACCCGCGCUACCUCAUCGGAUCUGGAGACAACCCCACCAUCGUCCAUGAAGGGUGCCAUUACAAUGUACUGCAUGUGGCGGCCAAAGAGAACCAGUCUGGCAUGGUCCAGCUCCUCCUGGACACCCUGGAGAGCCCAGACUUCAUGAGACUCAUGUAUCCUGAUGACCAGGAGGCCAUGCUACACCAACGCAUCCGUUACCUCGUUGACCUGUACCUCAACACACCUGACAAAGCAAGCAAUGAAACUCCUCUUCACUUUGCCUGUAAGUUUGGCUGUCCAGACGUGGUCAACGUGCUGUGUUGUCAUCCUGCCACUGACAAACACCGGCAGAACAAGUACAACCAGAAGCCCUCUAGUGUGAUAUGUGAGAGGAAAAACAAAACCCCUUACAUAAAAAAGAAAAUCAAUGAAUAUUUGGAGGAACGGUGCUAUGUUCCCUUGCUGAGGGAUACCAACAACAGCUUCCAGCCUGUGAUUGGCUUGCCAUGGUCCCCAAGCCCAUUGGAGGUGGAUUUUAAUUGGCUGGGAUCUGCAGUGGGCGGGAGUCCCAUAGAGCCAGUCAUGACUGUGAGAGCUUAUGUGGGACCACUCAGUCCUUCUAAGGCAGAUGAGUUCCACAGACUAUGGAGAACCCCACCCAGGGAUCGAGCAGAGUAUUUCCACCGUAUUCUCAAAUCUGACCCUGACCGGGGAGCAGAGCGUGUGGGGAGGGAGAUUGCGCAUGACAUGGGGCAUCCUUGGGCAGAAUACUGGGACUUCCUGGAUAGCUUCAUUGACCUGUCUACAGAGGAGGGACUGAGGAGGCUGGAGGAGUAUCUGGAUAGGAAGGACCAGAGUGAGCCUCCCCUAGAAGGAUUUGGGAAGACCGAGGAGACCGGUGAUGGAUUUAAAACAUCAACCCCCUCCAAAGAGGAGCAGAACCAGAGCCAUGUCCCGAUCAACCACAUUCUGAAUGACAGAAGGUGUCUAUCAAAGGAGAAAGGUUCCCAGUCUCCUGUGUGUAACCUCCUGCCAGAGUUUGAGAAAGCCAGCCUAAAGGAUGGCUCUGUCCAAGUGGAGGACCCGGAGGAGGUAAAGAGUGUUGAGGGCCGUCUGGCUCCCUCUGUACCCAGGAAAGAGGGACUGGACCUGGGGGAUGGGAGUUUCUGGAGGAUCUGGGAGGGGAGCCAGGGGAAGAGGCAGGUGGAGGAGCUCUCCAAUCCCAGCUCAGAGGAGUAUCUGACAGCAGAUGAGGGCUCAGACUCCGAGGGCCCAGGUAGCCCCAGAGAUAGGCGAGGCUCAGGCUCCUCUAGCGCAUCUUACAAAUCCACGAAGGGAGACGCCUCGAAAGAAACAAUUCUGACGAUCGACACCCCUACAAGACAAAGACAGGAACUGUUCAUGGACGGGGAAUCUCCCACCAAGUUAGACAGUGAGGUCCUGUCUGCAAUGAAUAACAUGGAGAUUGACCCUGAGAGAAACCCCUGCAUUACUAAGUGGAGGAACACCAUUCUGGCCUAUCCCUCUUCACAGUGGCUAAGCUGGCCAAGGCCGACGAGGAGGAAAAGCUUGACUGGGACACCAGACUGUUCUCCGAACAGGCUCAGCUUUUGCAGCCCAGGCCCCCACACACCUGCCCAGAGCUGUUACACCCAGACCAUCCUCUGCAGGACCCUCUUCCGCUCUCCAAACUGACACAGGGAAACCACAAGUAAACAGGAUGUCACGUCCCAGGAUCUGAAGGUGGUGUUGCACAUACAAAAGGGCAUGUUGGCCAACAUCCUGCACCACCACAUCAGGUCCAUAGUCCAACUGACUUUAUAACCCAGGCAGGAAACCACUACAUUGCCAUUUAGCAGGUUACCUGUCCUUAUUUUACCCUUGUGCUAGUUUCCAUUUGUGCAACUCUUUCGGCUGUUCUAUGCAAGGCACUGCUCCACUUAACACUAUUACCUUAUCAGGUAGCUAUUCAACUGAUAUUUGCGCUAAUGCUGCCUGCCUACAGCACUUAUGCAUGUCCUCAAUGCAAGUAUUCUCUUCCGGCAGAUAGCAUAGCUACAGAUUACACUUUCAACUUGAAGCUACCCAACGGAGUGUACCAUUUACCCAGUGCCGAAGUGAUAUGUAAUGUGUGUGUAUACAAUGUGCAAAGAUGCUUUAUAUAUGAAAUGUUCAAAUAAUGUUUUUAUAUUGUUAGUCACUACCUUAUUCCAGAGAUACAUUUGGAGAGUUUUAAAUUGUUUUAAUUUAUACCUAUACACAAGAAGAAUGAUUGUGGCUGUAUUUUUAGAACAGUUUAUUCAUAAAAUUUAAUAAAGCAUUAAAUAAAUAAAUGUACUAAGAAAAGA